AUGACGUGUCACUCUGCGCCCGGAGCAGGGAGGCCUCAUUGGGAGGAGCACCAUUGUGGCAUGGUCAGGGAGAGUGGCUGGGGUGGAGUGUGGGACCCGGGGGAGGGGUCAGGGGGAGUGGCUGGGGUGGAGUGUGGGACCAGGGGAGGGGUCAGGGGAGUGGCUGGGGUGGAGUGUGGGACCAGGGGGAGGGGUCAGGGGGAGUGGCUGGGGUGGAGUGUGGGACCAGGGGAGGGGUCAGGGGGAGUGGCUGGGGUGGAGUGUGGGACCAGGGGGAGGGGUCAGGGGGAGUGGCUGGGGUGGAGUGUGGGACCAGGGGGAGGGGUCAGGGGGAGUGGCUGGGGUGGAGUGUGGGACCAGGAGGAGGGGUCAGGGGGAGUGGCUGGGGUGGAGUGUGGGACCAGGGGGAGGGGUCAGGGGGAGUGGCUGGGGUGGAGUGUGGGACCAGGGGGAGGGGUCAGGGGGAGUGGCUGGGGUGGAGUGUGGGACCAGGGGGAGGGGUCAGGGAGAGUGGCUGGGGUGGAGUGUGGGACCAGGGGAGGGGUCAGGGGAGUGGCUGGGGUGGAGUGUGGGACCAGGGGGAGGGGUCAGGGGAGUGGCUGGGGAGGAGUGUGGGACCGGGGGAGGGGUCAGGGGAGUGGCUGGGGUGGAGCGUUUGGUCAGGGGGAGGGGUCAGAGAGCGUGGCUGGGGUGGAGCAUAGAAAGCCAGGGGCCUUGGUCAGGGAGAGUGACUGGCUGGAGUGGCUGGUGUGGAGGGUGGGGCCACAGAGGGAGUGGCCAGGGAGAGUGGCUGGGGUGGAUGGUGGGGACAGGGGGAAGGGUCAGGGAGAGUGGCUGGGGUGGAGUGUGGGGACAGGGGGACGGGUCAGGGAGAGUGGCUGGGGUGGUGGUGGGGACAGGGGGAAGGGUCAGGGAGAGUGGCUGGGGUGGAUGGUGGGGACAGGGGGAAGGGUCAGGGAGAGUGGCUGGGGUGGAUGGUGGGGACAGGGGGAAGGGUCAGGGAGAGUGGCUGGGGUGGAGUGUAGGGACAGGGGGACGGGUCAGGGAGAGUGGCUGGGGUGGAGUGUGGGGACAGGGGGACGGGUCAGGGAGAGUGGCUGGGGUGGUGGUGGGGACAGGGGGACAGGGGGAAGGGUCAGGGAGAGUGGCUGGGGUGGAUGGUGGGGACAGGGGAAGGGGUCAGGGGCCACUUGA